AAAAAAAAGUCUGCGUUCGUUUGACAACGUUCCUCUGUAAUGGAUGGAACGGAAAUACUUUAUUUUUACUUCGUUCUACACAUUGAAGCUUUUAUUAACAGACUUAUGAAGCUGUAGGAACUCGAACCCGAACUUAGAUAAACAAAUAGCGUGAUCGUCUUCCGUUUGUGUUUUAAUUUGGUGGUUCGGAUCGGUAAGCUGUAGAAAGUUCAAUAAACUUGGAAUGUCAAGUCUGUAUCGAGAAGGCCUGUUGGUGUUAGAAAUGUCAUUUGAGUUUUCGUAUCGGUAUUAUUUUUAUUGAACAUUUUUGUGAUUUUUCUUAAGUAAUUCAGUAUUUUUAUCGCAAUUUUUUAUUAAUAUUGACAUGGAAAAUCAAAACACACAAGAAAGAACAGCACCUAUACAGUAUGUUCGAGGUUCACGUGCGUUUCGACAAUUCAAAAAUCCUCCACAACCUCAUAUGUGUAUUCAAGAUUCAAUAAGAGACACUUCGGAGAAGUUAUAUAUUAAUGUUUUGGGAUGGCAGAAAAUAGCGAAUCCGAAACAGUAUUCGGAUCCCAUACCAUUAUAUGGAGGGAUGCAGGUCCAUCAGGGGUGUGCUCCUAACAGCAACAGACCACCUCUUCUUGUGUUUGCUGUAAUGGUCAAUCCGGACAUCUUGAAAGCUAAUGGAAAGAAUGCAUCUAAUCCUACAGACCGAGAAGCAUUGGUUAGCCUUCUCUGUGACUUUGUGGAGGCUAUGAACCCAGGACUAAUACUUGCUAGAAACCCUGUGAUACUGAGAGACAGGGAUCUUGCUGGAGAAUUAAAAGAUGUCUGGCUUGCUGUACAGAAUAAAAGAGAACGGGAGAAAGGAAUGAAUCAAGAUGUUAUGUAUAAGGUAUACGAUAUUGACGGAAUAGGCAGUGAUGACAUUAAUGAAGACGAUAAAUCGAAUUCUAGAAGUAACAGGCAGUAUGACAGUGGAUCUCCGAAUAGAAACCAUCAGAAUGAUAAGAAAAGCACAGUGAAAUCAUCAAAACAAAUUUUGCUCAAUGCCGGACAGAAAUCGGAAUUCGACUCCGGAAUGAACAACUGUCAGCUCAAUCAAAAUCAAUCGCACAGAGACAAUAAAACUGGCAACACUGACUCCGAUACCACAUAUUGUACACCUGUUUAUGGGCAAAUCGUAUCAAGUAGAGAAAACCACAAUCAAAUCAAUGAAAUUCAACAAAAAUUCGCCUCAAACGAGCCAACUAAACCUUCAAGUUCGUUCAGAAAAGAUUGGAACCCAUCGCAAGGGAAGACUGAAAAUUGGAAUGAAUCAAAACGUAAUAUAAUAAAACAUACAGACGAUUUGAAAAAGCAAAAGUGUUCAAAAACGGAUAAAGCUAACAAACAAAUGAGUAAUGGGAAACAUUACGAUUUCUUUCCUGUAUUUGACAAUAAAGCCAGCGAUUUAGAAUUGGAGAAAGAAAGUGCGGUCGGAGAAUGUUUAAAUAAAAAACUGGAUGAAGAUAAUAAUUCUAAAAUAAUACUAGACCCAAUGCAGAAAUUAGUUCUGCAUUCGACUGAUAAUAUGUGAUAAUAAAGUGCUCUCGGCUCAUUUAGCUAAUAAUAAAGCUUUUACGAGUUUUGUAUGGCAAUUGUCGGAUUGGUACGUAUUUGCUUAAUUAAGUUAAUUAGUAUUUGUACAAUAUUGAACACUAGACCUAGGAGGAUAACAACCUUUUUAAAACUAUACACAUUCCCAAUUUUGUUUGCUUUUUAUAAGUAUUACUGAAAUGUAGACAUAUUUGAAAUAUCUGUAACACUUUUUAUACAAUACCAGCUGUUCCUAUGCAGCUGUUUGCAUUAUUAUUAUAAAGCCAUUAUUUCAUUUUUACAUUUGUAAAACUUUUAAUUCCAAAUGCCAAAUUUAAUUGCUCAAAUAUCAAUAAAAGACUCUUGCUUUUGGCUAAGAAUUUAAGUAACCAUGGUAACCUGGCUUCAUUGCUGGCUUGUAGUUUUUGUCCCUUUAUCACACAGCAUUUUUUUUCAACUUACUCUCCCCGUAAGUUUAAUUUUUUUUAUUUCAAUUUUAGUUACAGAUUUUUGAUGUCUUGUUUUAUCUUGUUGUCUUAAUAGUUUUAGUGUUCAAUGUGAGGCAAUAUGUAAUAUAUUAAAAGAGUGAAUAAUUACGACUAGUCAAAUUAAUCUGGACAUAGUUUAAACAAUAGAAUUAUUUUUGAAUGUUGGUAUUGAAGUCUCGCGGCCGGUAGUCAUAGUGGAGAGGUAAACUCAUUUUGACCAAGUUUGUAAAACUUUUCGAUAGUAACUUAGCAUAAGAGCAAUGCCACACGAAUGUUCCGGACAGAAGUAUCUUUGUGUAGAUUACUAUAAAGAAGAAUGUCCAAUGAAUGAUGUCAUUAAAGCCAACUCAGGAAUGUUUAUUGGAGUAUUGUGUUAAUGGAUUUUUUUUGUGUUUUGACACUCACUCCUUGAUUGUUGAAAUCGCUGCGAUUACGUAACACUCGUAUGGCAUCACUCUUUAAUGCGGUUUGUUUCACCAUGUUUAAAAUAUAAAGUGUGUUUUUUAUGCAAAAUACUUGAUGAAUUUGUGUGUAGUGUGAAUGAAUAUAUUAUAUAUGGUUGUGUAAUUUUUUCCUAAUGUUUUAUAGUGAGUUUGUCCUAAUAUCAGGACACGUCAACUCCCUUUUGCAUUUGUUGAUGAAUGUAGUAUUGAUAACUUUUGUAUAUUGCUAUAUUUUUCAUUGUUGCCAAUUUAAAUUCAAAUAUUAAAAGAAAAUGUUCAUUGCUCAUAUUAAAUUCUAAAAUUAACAAAAUGUUUAGUAUUUUAAGAGCUUUCUUGUGUAAUGGCUGCAUUCUAAAAAGGUGCUAUUUAUUUUAUUUUGUUUUUGUCUUCAAUUUUUUAACAUUCAACGGUCAUAAAUCUCUAAAUUACAAAAACUAUCCUAAAGACCAAUUUUUCUGGUCAUAAAUUAUUAAAGAAUGCAGCCAUAUAAUAAAAUGAGCAACUAUUCGAAAAUGUUACAAAAAAAAUUAAUUUAAAUCUAACUCCAAAAUCACCUCAACAAAAUGUCUCAACACUGCCAUGAGAUGCUAUAAACCUCAUACUCACUUUAAAUGAUUUUAUUGCACUUAAGUUACAUAUAAAUACAUAGACAAGCCAGUAGACAUGUGGCAACCAGCUCUGAGCAGUUGAACUGCAGCUCAACGACUACUUUAGCAGCUCACGGCUCAACAUAAAGUAUAACUAUGCGAGUUGAUGACCCGUGAACUGUAGUGAUUCGUAACUCAAACAUCCAUGUACAAAUUGAGCUGAUCUGUGAUCUGGUUUACUGAUUCACUCAUACAAACUGUGAGCUGAGUUAAAGGUUGUCAAUUUUACAAGUCAGACAUAAUUGUUUAGUUGUUUGAAAUUCAGAUGCGGUCUCAAGGUUAUGAUUUGAACUAUAAAGAAGAAGGCAUGAAUUGUAUUAAAUUUUACUUUUUAAAUGUAUGUUAAAGACAAAUCUAAUCGUUUGGAAUGAUAUUUCUUGUUCAAUAUAGAAAAUAUGUUAAUGUUAUACAAAAUAGUAUGUUCGUGGAGCUUGUCUAUGUAUAAUUAUCGUAACUAAUGUAAGAAGUUUUUAACUCUAUAUGUACGUAACUUAUAAAGUGAUACCGUUAUAUAAAUUUUUAUAAUGUUAAAUACCCGGUCUUUUAUAUAUCUUUAUGUUAAUACUCUUUGUGCAAUCUUGGUUCUUAUUGUUAACAAUAUUUGCUAGAGCUACAUUUUAAUAGAUUUAUUAUUAGAUUACUUUGUAUAGCAUGCGUUAGAAACCUCGAAUAAAUAACGGAACAAUUCUGAACCAUUUUAUUGAUGUAUAAGAGUUUUUAAGUUAUUUACAACACUUAUUUGUUAUACAAUUAUUCCAUUAGUAUUGCAUUUAUUUUAAAAUCGUGUAUAUUUUUUGAAGUUAUAUGAUUUUAAUUAUUUUUAAACUUAUGGUAUUUUUUAAAAGAAUAGUAUUUAUAAGUUUUAGAUUUUACCAGUUUUGUAUUCGCUAUGAUGCUUAUGCUAUCUGUAAUGUUCCUUUGCCGUUUAAUACUUUAGUUAUAGACGUUCUAGGUAGAUAUAGUUUGUACAAUUUGAUUACUUUUCUGUUUAAAUUGUUCAUAUGGAAAAGUUGAUGUUAGACCGAAUCUUUUAUAACUGUUAGUCGUAAAUUUAGACAGUCUGUUAAAUUUCAUACAUUGUACUAUAAAAUAAAAUGAAAAUCAACUAUCGGAUCUCUUGUUUACAGUAUUUAAAAUUACAUGUAAUUUACAA